GCCGUAAGCAUAUCCAAGAAAUUGUCUUCAAUGGACUUACUUCACGUCAAUGCCAUCUCACUUAACAUACUUUAUUAAUUUUUCAAAAUUCUUGGAUCCCCCCAUCUUUUACUAACUGUUUAUAAAUACUUAUUUCCUCAUAUAUAUGAUUGCCCUCUUUCUAAAAGCACGAGCUUAUGUUACGUACAUAUCAAGAUGGCAAAAUUCUCCACAUUUCUCCUCUUCUUCUUCUUCUUCUUCUUCUUCUUCUUCUUCUUCUUCCUUUUCCUUAACUCUCUCCCAUAUUUCCAUGCAUCACCGGAAUAUUCCCGUCCUCGUGCCCGUCCCACCAUCUUCACCGGUCUUACCCGGUCCAAAUCCGAGCCCGAACAGGUACAUAUUUCUUUGGUAGAGAAAGAUCACAUGAGAGUAACAUGGAUAACAUCUAAUAAACAUGCAAAAUCCAUGGUGGAAUACGGCACAUCGCCGGGAAAUUAUGAUAAGUCGUCGGUGACCGGAGAACGUACGUCGUACCGUUACUUUUUCUACAAAUCCGGCGAGAUUCAUCAUGUUACAAUUGGCCCAUUGAGCCCAAAUUUAACGUAUUACUACAGAUGUGGUGGAAGUGGACCAGAGUUUAGCUUUAAAACGCCACCUUCAACUUUUCCCAUUGAGUUUGCGGUUGUAGGGGACUUGGGUCAAACAGAAUGGACAGCCUCAACUUUAGAACAUGUAGGUGCAAAAGACUAUGAUGUACUUUUGUUGCCUGGAGAUUUAUCCUAUGCUGAUACUCAACAGCCACUUUGGGACUCAUUUGGUAGAUUAGUUGAACCUUAUGCAAGCAAGAGGCCUUGGAUGGUGACACAUGGCAAUCACGAAAUCGAAAUUUUCCCUAUAAUUCAUCGGUUUGGUUUCAAAGCUUACAACGCUAGAUGGUUAAUGCCUUACCAACAAAGUGGUUCCACGUCAAACCUAUACUAUUCUUUCGACGUGGCGGGGUGCCACGUUGUCAUGUUGGGCUCGUACGCGGAUUUUGAUGUCCAAUCGGAUCAAUACGCGUGGCUAAAAGCUGACCUGGUGAAAGUCGAUAGGGUAGUGACACCGUGGAUUUUCACGCUCAUCCACGCCCCAUGGUACAACUCUAAUUUAGCUCAUAAAGGGGAAGGUGAAAGUAUGAGGAAAUCAAUGGAAGAAUUGUUGUACAAAGCUCGAGUAGAUGUUGUCAUUGCAGGACACGUUCAUGCUUAUGAACGAUUUACAAGAGUUUACGAUAACAAGGCAGAUCCAUGUGGUCCAAUUUACGUGACAAUUGGAGAUGGAGGAAACAGGGAAGGGCUUGCUACGCUCUUUGAAAAACCUAGCCCAUCAAUCUCAAUGUUUAGAGAGGCAAGCUUUGGACAUGGUAGAUUGAAGAUACACAAUGAGACACGUGCACAUUGGUCAUGGCACAGGAACAAUGAAACUAACACAUCUAUGGCUGAUGAAUUAUGGCUUCAAAGUUUUUCUUCCUCUAAAUCAUGUUUGCCAGAGACUAAAUUUCAAGAAAUGAAGACUCAUCAAAAGGAUGAACUCUAGCGCUGAUUUAAUAGAUCGAACUAUUCAAAAUCUUCAAUUACUUUUUUGGGUAGCUCAAUUUAUAGACUACAACUACAAUAAUAGCACAAAGAAUUAUAUAAAGUAUCGGUAUGCAUAGUGCAUAACAUACUCAUUUGUAUUCAGUAAUUUUGGCUCAGACAUUGUAAGUAAGUUUAAAUUAUGAAUUUCAUAUUGAGUAAA